AUGCCUAGACCACAGUGGUACAACAGAACAGACUACCCCAUCUUCACCCAGUACCAGAGAUACAGGAGGCUUCAUCCGAUGCAGCCCUUCUACAUCCUGCAUCCUCGCUUCGAGUGGCAGGUCUGGCAACGUAUUCAAGACAACAUGGCUGAGCCCAUCCAGAGAAACCCUCCCUCCUCCGGCCUGCUUGGUACAAUCCUGAUGAUGUCGCUGUGUGAGGUGGUGCAUGUUUACGAGUUCCUGCCGUCCCGCAGAAAGACAGAGCUGUGCCAUUACUACCAGCGUUUCUACGACGCCGCCUGCACACUGGGCGCAUAUCACCCUCUGCUGUACGAGAAAAAUCUGGUCAAGCGGAUGAACCAGGGGUCAGACCCCGACAUCUACACCCAUGGACGUGUCACCCUGCCUGGGUUCAGACAUCUGAACUGUACCCACACUGCCGGAGUAAACAACCACUGACUUGAAAAUACAAAAGGAAAGCACACAAACACAAACAUAUGAAGCAAAGCAGAUACCUGCAUGAGGACAGACGCAUGAACAUUUCAUUCUCACUGCCGAAACAAAAGUGCCACUCACUAUAAAUAUUACAUGUAACAUCAGGCUGCAAACACGUGACACACACACACACACACGCACACGCACACACAGUCCAAUUAACUAAUAGAUGUGCCUGCUUGUUCAUACAUACAUACAUUCAUGACCUAUAGAGGAGGUUUUUAUUAGUAAUCCCUGUUCAUCCCUGAAUAUACAUACAUCCCUUACAAAAGGAGCAUAUCGCUGUUUUAACCAUGUAUGUAAAAUCAUGUAUUUUAAUGUUAAUAUUUUGUGUUUUCCAAACGGAACUAGCAGGUUUUUGAUGUCUUCCAGAAAAACAAUCAACACCACUGACAACAUUUAUAAAAGCUAUACUUCCAACAACUACUGACAAGAAGCAUAAUAUAAAUAUAUAUCAAUGUAUCUAAAUAAAUGCUCAAAAAGGUCAAAUCACCCAAAAGACAUGUGGUAUGCUUUGGAAACAGAACAUGAUUAUGAUGUUUAAUUUUCGGUUUAUUGGAAUGAAACAUGUUAACAUCAGCACUAUGGUCGUUUUAUCUAAUUUCAUCCUCGUCCUAAGCCAACCAAAGUCUCAAACUGACCUGCUGAAGACGUUAAGAAAUUAUCCAAAUGGAUCUCAUUACUCAAACUAACAAAAAAACAACAACAACAACCAGGCCUUAACUCAAUGUAAAUAUUGCAUUUACAUAUUUUAAACCGAAUCACAAAAGCUGAUUUCCUUUUGAAUGUUAUUUCACUUAAAGCACGACUUCCCUGAAAGCAGCUGUGGAGUAAUUAUGGUUUUUCUUUGUUUGUUGGUAGAAUCUAGAUCGGUUUUGUAUCUGUUUUUCACUGCUGACACUGCUUCCCUAACAUCUGAUGAUACUGAGGAAAGAGCUGAUUCAGUUCUGUUACUCAGGUCAGUUUGAAUUUAGUCUUAGUACAAUCAUAGGGCACUUGCUUAUGAAUGCCACAUCAAACUUUGCUCUGGUUUCAGACAUGUCUCCUGUAGCUAGGAUUUCAGUUUUGGGAAUUUGUUAAAGCUCUAUUUUCAGGGCUUGAACUCCCUUUUUAAAACAGCAAAACAUCUUGGCUUGAAGUCAGCAGUUUUAUCCAAGUGUGAUUGUGUUUGUUCUCAUACUUUAAUUGCUGUAAUGAGUUGUGAGUAACAGUAGGAGUACGCCAACUUUAACGCCAGUCGAAUUAGAAAAUGUAUCUUCUUCUCGCCCAAAUACGUUGGGAAUAAGUGGAUAAAACAUAUAAUAUAAAAAAAUGAAGUCAAACUAAUGUUUUGUACCCACAUUGUCAAACCUGUUACAACCCGUUCCCUCUAGUCUUCUUAUAAUUCUUAUAUAGUGUAGCAUUAAUACCCAGGAGGACGGUCUUCAAUGUGAUUCUGUUACACAGCCAUAUAAAGCAGAGUUUUAUUAAUAUAAAAAUUCAUAAACUAUUAACGACAAUUAAUAUAUAUAUACGUUCCUUUUAGUUAUUGGUAACUGUUGGUCUGAGUUAAGGGAGAGUUCAUUUGAUAUCAUGCAGCUUCAGACCUUCGAUAUCAAAGAUCUGUUUAAUUUAUCUUGCAAAACUUGUUAAAAUAACCUUGCAGCUAAAGCUAGUUAGCUAGCCUGUUGACUUUAAAAGGCAGAACAGUUUAAACAUUUAUUAGAAAAGGAACUAAUGUGCGCCACAGCUUUGAGUAGAAUAUGUUUUUGCCGUUCAUAUUUUCCCAACUCUUAGUCCGUAGAUGUUUCCAGAACUACAACCUGCAUCAAUGUUGUGUUUUUAGUAUUAAUCGCAGUAGAAAAUAGCCUCACGAGUAUUUUGACUUUUUGUUCAGCAUGUAAAUAAAAUAUUCUCCAGAGUAGUGAAGCAACAAGAAGAAGUCUAUACAUCUCUGAUAAACAGAGAAUUGUCCGCAUGGCAAGAAUCCUGCUUUUUAUCCCAUUAUUUUCCUCCUGCGUAUUGAUAUUAGCAUUACUACAUGCGAUCCAGCUCAUUAGCAUGCACACAAACACAAUGAGCCUGGACUGUACAGGGUGAGUGUGAUGCUCCUUCAUUGUUAUAUGUGUCUCAAAUAUUAGAUUUUUUAUAACAAAUGAAUCACUUUACGACAUACAAAUAGUAAAUCAAACAUCAACAUUUUAGAAUAUUUAAAGAUGGACUAGUCCCAAGUUUAUCACAUGUCAAAAUGUUUUGGUCAUUUGAUUAAUUUAUGAAAGAUGUGCACCACUGAAGUGUCUUACACUGUUCAGUAAAGGGAGACACUGUACAAUGUUAGUAUUGAUCUGUUGUUGUGUGAGUUAAUGGAUCCUUCAUUUUAUUCAUCCUUUCUGCAUUAAAACCACUUGUUUGCUAGCACUGUCUGCUCACACUGAACGUAAACAUAAAAUGUUGACAACAAAAAGAUAAAGGCAGCUUUGUGUGAUUCUACUGAUUAUGAACCAAAGUAGUAAAAGACAAAUAUCGAGCCGCAGAAAGCUUCAAAUACGUGGUAAUUUACGACUGAAUUUCUGUGAAAAUCUGCAAUAAAUUGCUAUUUAUUUCUUGUUUCCAUCCACUACUGUAAUGUGGGAUACAGUUCCACAGUUGGUGGGGGAAAUUCUCCAGUCAGUGCCACAAAGAACCGAAAAGGGGGGAAAUUAUUCAUUGUACUUUGUUCAGUUGUGGUUUUGUGGAUAAACUAACUUUUUUACUUCAGCCAAGCACAAAAACCUUACAUUUUUUAAAUUGAAAUUCACAUUUUCAUCAAGGUUUUUGGAUUGACAAUGUGAAAAAAAUGCACAUAAAAAAGGUGGAUGGGAUUGAAACUAUGACUGCUUCAGCCGUUUUAUUUGUUUUCAUUCAUACGCAUAUUUGACUCUACAGACAUUAUAAUCUUAUAAUCAGGUCAAUAUCGCCAAUGUUUUAAGUUUCAUCAUGAACGGCUCCGCUAAUGUUUUUCUAAUAACUUCAGUUUGAUGUUCUUACUUUACUUUAUUGUUUAUUCGGGAGGCAAACACAUGAAUAAUUAAGAACUUUUUCUCCCUAUGCAGUUCUAUUGUUGUUCUAACUCCUGCUCAUUUAAUUUGUGUGAAACCUUUUUAUUUAAGCUUACAGAUAUGUGUCUGCUUUGCCUUCAUCCUCUUGCUUUUUUAAAAGAGGGUUAGGGUUAGUUAAGCUGUUAACUAUGGUUUAAUGUGGUUGAUUGUAUUUGUUAUUUCUCCUGGAGUCUUGUCACUUGAUCCAUCCACUUCUAUAAGCAUGUUGCUUUUUCUUAAGUUCAGUUUUCUUUACAUUUUUAAGAAACAUCAGUAACUAUGUAUUAAUGACAAAUGUACAGUUUGCUUUCCUCAAGGACAAGAAAUAGCUCAUCGACUAUUUGAUAGAUAAUUUUUAACUUACACCAUUAUGUUCGCCUCAGGAUAAAUCGUAACACAUAUGAUAACUCUAAACAGGUUUAAAUAAAACCAAUCUGAGCAGAUGCAGUUUAGCGGUUACAAGUAGGUUCAUUUUGAAGUAUGUCACCACAAUUCACACAGGCUUAGAAACACAAUUACUUUUCUGUUUAUAUAUCAGUAUGUUUCCAACACAGCAUGUUAAAUUACAUUUCUAAAAUAUUGUGAUUAAUAUUAAUAUUAUUGUUGUUUUUCAAGGAUUCAGUGAACUGACUACAUUGUGUUUUGUUGAUGAUUUUAUGUGUCAUGUCAGCCAUUCUGUCUGUACAGUAUGUGAGCAGGAGGUUGAGACGAUCACAUGUCUGGGUGUUGGGAAGAAGUACAUUUAUGUAUUUGUAACCCAUCAAUCAAUAAAUACCUGACAACUGAAA